GUAAUUUCUGUUUUGUCGUUCCUUGAUAAUAUCCCGCAACACCAGAGUCAUGGGAAGACAGCUGUCUGAGGAGGUGGACGCCGGUGAGGAGUGUGGUCGGUGACAAACCGCUGGAGAGGAGCUGUCAGCGAGGCAGGUGGAGUCUCUCCUUCCUGCGGCGAAGUCCCACCAGAGGGACGCGGGACCUGGGAUACACAUUGCGCUUUGGUUGAUGUCUGUUCAUCGUGUCUGAGAGAAUUAUUUGACGAACCUGACCAUGACUUCUGUGUGGAAGCGGCUCCAGCGGGUCGGAAAGAAAGCGUCCAAGUUCCAGUUUGCGGCUUCAUUUCAAGAACUGAUGAUAGAAUGCACAAAUAAAUGGCAACCGGACAAACUGAGAGUGGUGUGGAUCAGGAGGAACAGACGUCACAGCACAAAGCUCCACAGUUGGCAACCAGGGAUUAAGAACCCCUACAGAGGCCUGGUGGUUUGGCAGGUUCCAGAGAAGUUAGACAUCACUGUCACACUCUUCAAGGAAGCCACUGCAGAGGAAUUUGAAGACAAGGAUUGGACUUUUGUUAUUGAAAAUGAGACAAAAGGCCGUAGGAAGGUGCUAGCGUCAGCCGACGUGAAUAUGAAGAAGUUUGCCAGCGCCACGCAGGGCCAGUAUGACAUAACACUGAAGCUCAAACCACUGUCUGUCAAAGUGGUGGAAGCCACACUGAAGCUCAACUUGUCAUGUAUCUUUCUCAAAGAGGGGAAAGCCACAGACGAGGACAUGCAGAGUUUGGCCAGUCUGAUGAGUAUGAAACAGAGUGACAUUGGCAAUCUGGAUGAUUUCAAUGACAGUGAUGAUGAAGCUGGAGAAGAGAGAAGGGCCAGCUUUGGAACUGGACAUCAUGUUACCGCUUCCGCUCCUUCUGCUGAGAGAAUACACGAUCUGGCUUGGAGGCCUGCCGUUGAAUCAGGCCCCACAGUAACCUCAGAGAUGGAUUGGAAAACGUCCUCCGGCAUUUCCUCCGCCAUCUCGGUCCCAUGCCGUCCUCCUCUGCCUGAACCCCCAGACCCCUCUGUUCCAUCCUCUUUAUUGCGACCACCAAACACUAACCAGAAGGCUCGGCCCUCCCCUUAUGCCUAUUCAUUACCGGCCUUUACACGUGCUCACCCUCCUGCACUCCCCAAAAUCUUCCAGCCCAGUGCCGGAUCAGUUCCUCGAAGGCCGCAUAGCUUCCAUAGUGAUUCCUCUCCAGCCGAGGGCUCGGAGGCCCAGGUCUUUUCUACCUUCACCCCUCCUGAAGGCCUUUCCCUCCCUUCUCUCUCCUCCUCAUCCUCUAAUCAAUCCUCUCAUCCUCCCGCUUUCCCUGAUACCUCACAAACAGCGCGUCUUAGUGUGUGGAGAACACAAAGCGUCCCUUCCAUGUCUUGUGUACCCUCUCCUCCGUCAGCUCCUUUCAGCUCUGUCCCUCCUAUACCUCCACCACCUUCUGCUCCCAGACAGCCCAAAACUCACCCCACUCACUCUGUGGGGGAGCCAGGCUCAGGCCUCACCAGACCCACCAGUCUACCAUCUGCCCCUGAGACAGCUUCCUGGCAGAGUGAAUGGAGGCCUCCUAAAUCACAGGCCCCUCUAGCGCAGACAACCCUCUCUCCUAAGUUCCUGCAUCUCUCUGCUAAUGAUCCUGGACAGCCUGCAGUGCUGCAGAGGAAGCAGAAACUAGAGAUGCCAUCUUCAUCCUCCCUGCCCAUUGGUCCGUCUUUGCAGCAGAAACCUCAAGUGGGGUCUGGAUUUGUUGCUUCCUGUAGACCCCAGGCCACCCCUACAGUAGACCCCUUGCCUCCUGCUUUAAGGUCUUCCUCUGCUCUCAUUCUUUCUGGGCCACCUCCUCCUCCUCAGCCUCAUAUAUCCCAAACUGCCAUAGCCUCCCCCAGUGACCAAGAUACAGAAUUCAAAAGACAGUUGAGCACACUGAGUGAAGAGGAUAACCAAUCGACAAUCCCUGACCCUAGAGCCUCUACCAGCCGGAGGCCAGAGCUGUCCAGGGCGUCAGAAUGGAAAAGAGAGGCACCUUUUGGAAUCUCAGUUGUCAAAGCAUCAGCAGGACCUGAGAGCAUGGCCUCACUUAUGACCCUUAGCCCCAGAACACCCUUAGCCGAAGGGCUAGAAUAUUUUGAGAUGCCAAAAACACAGACGGAUCAGACAGAAUCACGGCCAACAAGAACAUUCCCCAGCAUUCAGCCAACGUUUCCUCCCUACGCUUCUACGCCUAACCAAACCUCUGAUUUUCAUGAUCCAACAUCCACUUCAGUCAAGGUUCUGGUUAAACCAAGGAGUCACUUAUCUAAGAUGUCCAUUCAGUUAGGGAAUCCAGUAGCUGAACCAAAGCCUGUUCAGCAUACACCCCAUUCUCCUGCCAACCCUCAACCUACUUCCAGAUCAAUCCAGGGACCUUUCUUGCACUUGCCUGAAAUUGCUACAACUUCUGACACAAAACCAAUUGGAAGGAUAGAAAUGGCCCACAAAAAAGAAGCCACAACUAUGGAUUUGGGAAAUAAGAGCACACCUGCCCCCGUGUUGUCUUGUCUCAGAGACACAAAUUCUGCUUUGCCUCCAGUGGUGGUGAUGAACAAAACCCCAGAAUCUCAGUCUGGAGAACAGUCCAUUAAAACAAACUCACAAAUCAGCCCUGGUAAUCUAAUACCCAUUGUGGAUAAGAAAAUCCCAUGCAACACAACUGCCUUGGAACAAGUCACUUCAAGAUUGGACUCUCAUAUUGGGUUUCUCUCGGAACAGCAGGCCACGACAAAGAAUGUAUCAAAUCAAAGAGAAGAAUCUAGUGUGAAUUUUGCAUUGUCUUCACCAAAUAGCUUUGUCAUGUGUGGUUUGGAUUCAGAGCAUUUUAUGGAGGAAGGGAGAACUGAUAAUGUGGUUCUGGCUAUGGAUAAGAGGCCAUUCUAUGAAAGAGAUAGAGUUACACAGGAGCUUGUGUUACCAGGCUCUGCAGUCAAUAUAGGAGAAAAGUGUGUAUACACGUCUAAGGUGGAACUUGGUCCACUAUGUCCAAGAGGGAGUUCUGUUUCUAAUUUACCAUCCACUUUACACCAUGAAUCUCAGCUUGAAGGAACUGUGAGAAUGCCAAGUAUGAUUAAGUUACUAUCAAGUUGCUCACAGUAUUCCAAGAUUCCUGGCAUGCCGUCUUUGCAUCAGUCACAAAUUAUAGCUUGGCCAGAUAAUGGGAGAUUACUUUUUCAGAAGUUUUCCAGCAAGCGAUUGCCAUUGUAUUUAGAUUAUGUUAGUUCCCUUUAUGAGGGUAGUGCAGAACUUGCAAAAAUGGUGGACAUAACACCAUCCUGCUCAAGGUCUGCCAGUGUUCCUGGAUUCCCAUCUGCUUUGAAAUGCAAGCCAAAUAUGGUUGACCUUUUACCUACAUGUCCAAAAAUUUGUAGGGUUCCAGGUUUAGCUUCCAUUCAAUUAGUGACUGGAUGUGAAAAGAGUGUUUGGGACGGAUGUUCUCUGUGGAAAAAAACACUGCAGACAAAAGAGGCAUUUGUUUCACACAUGUCCUGUGUCCAGGUACAAGAUGUCAAUGAUACUAAUUGGAUUAAAAUCAUGGUGGCCAUGUUGCCAACAUGUUCUAGAAAGGCAAGUGUUCCAGGCUUUCCGUCUGCACCAUUGCAGAAGACUUCAGACACUCCUAGUAUGGCCAGUUGUCUUCCUACAUGCUCCAAACAGACUGUGAUUGCAGGUAUGCCAUUUAGAGAAAGAAUUAUGAUAUCUAAUGAUCACUGGCAUAUUUUGAGUAAAUUAUUAUUAGAUAGACCGUUGAGAAGUAAUCCUGUUCUGGUUCUGGAGAAGUCACAUGACGAUAACGAACAUAUGAAAUACAUGGUAAAUAUGUUGCCAUCUUGUCCCAGGAAGGCAAGUAUUCCUGGUUUUCCCUCUGCGCCUCGAAAAGAACCCAGUGUACCUGGUGUUCCAUUUGCACCAAGGCAAGAUCCUAGCAUGGCAGAUUUUUUUCCUACUUGCCCAAGAAAAACCAGAGUCAUUGGUUUACCCUCUAAGGAACCAGUUAGUGCUCAAGGUGAAUCUUUGGUUAUAACCAGGCAUAUUGUAAUGAUGAAACCACUGGGCAAAGGUGAAGUCGUGAUUCACGAUUUUUCCCCAGGUGCUGCUCAGGAUCUAUCAAAAAGAGAAGUAUUCAGUUCAGUGCCAGUGUUGCCUUCAUGUCCUGUGAGAUCAGGCCUUGUGGGUAUUCCCACAGGACCCCAAAGACUGUUACCAAAUAUUGUCAGCCUUGUAUCUUUAUGCCCAAAGCAGACCCAGACUCCUGGUAUGCCAUCUCUAGAUCAAAGCAAUUCAGAGAACAAAAACUGGCAUGGCUUGAGGAGAUUAAUUUACAAGAGACCAGAGAAGAACAUACAAGUUUACAAUGUUCAGUGGGAACUGAAAGACACAGAACCCAUGAAAGGUGGUAGAAUGGUAGAUAUGUUGACACGUUGCCCACAAAAAGCCACUGUUUUGUACUUAUCCUCUUUUCCACAGCAAGAACCUAGUAUGGCCAAUGGAAUGCCCUCAUGUCCCAGACAUAGUGAAAUCCCUGGUGUGCCGUCGAAGACCGGACAAAAUCUUUGUUUGUCCAGCUGCAAGCAAUGGUUUGCUUAUAAAAAUUUACAGUGUGAGAAUCCAUUUGUUAAAAGGGAAGUGCAGAUUCUAGAUGCAGUUUCAUGUUUUGAUAAGAGCACUGUUGAAAGAAUGAGUGCAAUAUUACCCUCUUGCCCUAAGAAUGCUAAUGUACCUGGGUUUCCUUCUGCUCUGACACUGACAUUAGCUGAUGGCCCAACUAUGGUGAAUUUAUUGCCUAGUUGUCCAAAGGAAUCUAGAGAUCCUGAAAUGCCACUUAGAGACUCCACCAAACAAUCUGAGUGGCUAGUGGAAAGAAAGCAGUUGCUACUCCCCCAUAAGUAUGAUGGGAUUGUACCUACAGUAUCCAUAUUGCCCUCCUCCCCACAGACAACCUGUUUACCAGACUUUCCAUCAGUACCAUGUCAGCCAAGUAUGAUCAGUCUGCUACCUUCUUGUCCAAGACAGUCUCGAGUUUGUGGAAUGCAAUCUAGAUUCCACAGUAACUCUUUUGAAGCGGAAUGGAGUGUAAACAUAAGGCCAGUAUGGGAAAAGCCAUUAAUACACCCAGAAAGACUGUCAGUAGUACAUCACAAGAUGUAUUUUAGAGAUAAGGGAUUGGUUACAAUAAUGGUGUCAAUGUUGCCAUCCUGUCCCAAACACUCUAAUAUUCAUGGAAUUCCAUCAAAGGUAGGGGAGAGACCAAUGGAAGAGUUGAUGAAAGAGGAUCCCAGCAUGUUAAAAUCCUUAGCCACUUUCCCAAAGCACAGUAAAAUUCCAGGUCUGCCAGCAAAGAAUAGUGCACAAGAAUUUGAUGGCUGGUUUGUGGACAAAGAUGUGAUUUGGGAAAGCCCAUUCAGUAGGGAGUAUGGAGUUGUUUACCAGGGUUUUACAGUUAAGCAAAUGUCAUAUAAGGACAAAGAAAUAAUGCUAAAUAUGCUUGGAUCAUGUCCACGACAAGCCCUCAAUCCUGGAUUCCCAUCUGCUCCACAACCCCAUUCUGCUGCUGCCAUUGUAGAAAAAAAUCUAGACAUGGUACAGUUGACACCGUGUUGCCCAACACAGUCAAGUAUCAUUGGUUUCCCCUCAAGAGCAUCAGUUAUUUCUGAUUCUCAAGUAGAGGUCUGGCCAGUGGUGACGAUAAGGAUGCAAGGCUGCUGUCACUUUCACAAUAAGUAUUUUUCUCCAUACCAAAAUACAAUGAAGGCAGUCCUUUCUCUUGAACCUUCUUGUCCAAACAUUGCUUUCAGUUGUAGCUUCACAGCAGUACCGCCGUCUGACACUGACCUACUUCCAAACAUGGUGAAUAUUGUGCCUUCUUGCCCAAAGAAAGCCUCUGUUCUUGGGGUGCCAUCAACAGAUGUGCACCAGUCAGGACAGGGGUGGCCAAUUAAAACACCACUUUUUAUGAGUAAAUACUUGUCACUGGAAGAACAGUCCCUUUGUAAGUGUUGUGUCAGAGAGAAAUCAGUGCCGUAUAUAUUCCCAAGCCAAGAAGUACUGGAGGAUGUACAACAAAGAAUGACAAUUGAGUCAUCAACUUGCAUCAAGGCUGUUGUCAGAGACUUGUGGGGUGACGCAAUUCCAACCAGAUUAGAUCUCGACACAAAGAAAACAAAAUUGGAUGUGUGUUCAUCUUUGGAGAUGCAUAAAGAUGAACAGGGCAUUUGGACUGAGACCGAAGAAGUAGCUGUUCUAGAAAAAGGAAACUUGCAUUGCAGAAUGUGGCACUCCAUUCCUGACAUGCCACUAUUCUUGAGUGUUAGGAAGAGACACGAAAACAUGCCAUCAUGUUGCCCAGUUGAUGCUGGUGCAGCAGAACCCUCAUCCCAGACCCAAAUAAAUAGUGCUGAGCAGCAGUUAGAAAAACUUCCUACAAACAGGACCAUUCAAUGGGAGAAGCUGCCAAGGACGAAUAAAGAGAAAACUAGAAAUGCAUCAGAGGAAGAAAUGAUAAGAGAAAUGGUCAGUAAUGUUCCAUCAUUCUCUGGUGCUGCCCUGGCUUCAGACACUGAGGAUGAAUUGAAGACAAAGACAGAAGCUGGGAUCUCAGAUCUUCUUCCAGUAUGCCCAGGAGUUAGUGGCCUUUUUGAUUUUUCUGAUGCUGCUGAACUAAUGAAUGAAUGCCGUUUGGACAGCGUGUCUACAUGGAAUAAGCCGUCAAAGGAUAAGGAAAUUCUAACCACUGACAAUGCUCUUCAUUUAAAAGGACAGGCAGAUCUGCUAGAACAAAUGGAGGACAAAAGCUCUUCCCACCCUAGUACAGAAUGUGCACCAUAUUAUUUUAAGCCUGAAACUGAGAACAAACAGUCUUCUUUACUGGAAACCUGUCCUAGCAUGACAAAGGUUGCUGGCAUGCCGUCCAAAUUUCCCAUAAUAGAAGAAAAACACUGGCUUGUAGAUCAGAGGUCAAUCUGGGAGAAACAACAAAAAACGAAGAAAGUAUUACCAUCAAGUUCAUUGAAUGAUGAAAUGGUUUUAUGGGUGCACUCUUCCCCCAUAGAAGCCAGAAAUCCAGGGUUCCUGUCUGAAACACAACACAGUUCAGUCUUUCAUGGACAAAGUAUGGUGGAUAUGUGUCCCUGUUGUCCAAGUGUAUCCAGUGUACCUGGUUUACCAUCUCUCAGUGAAAUCAGUAACAGAUCAUGUGGAUCUCAACAGGAACCACUUUUGAAUAAGAGUUUCCCAAAGUAUUUUUUCAUACCAGUUCCACAAUCUACUGUGGAAUAUCAUGGAUCAGAUAUGAUGAGCCUUUUAAGCUCUUGCCCAAAAACCUCUUGUGCUGAAGGUUUUCCAUCAUUAAUGGAGCAUCAUUUGACCAAAAACUGUGCUCCAGAUAACAAGGCCUUUUCGGUAAUACUGCCAAAAAUUAACGUAGCCAUGAUUGAAGAUAGACCUCACAAUGAAGAAAUGAAGGCCAUGUCAUCUUUUGCCAGAACUUGUCCAAAGGAGGCUCGUAGCCCUGGAUUUCCAUCUGCUCUGCAACCUACAGUAAUCUAUGAUGGGUCUAACAGGGUCAGUCUCCUUCCAUCUUGCCCAGCUGUCUCCAGUAUGGCUGGUUUUCCAUCGAUGCAGAAGGCUGACAGCAAAGACUGGGAUGCUAUUCAUCAGCCAUUGUGGGAGAAGCAAAUUAAAAAGGGGUCUGUAUUACUACUGAACAACAAUAAAACACCGAAAGACAUGAAAGGAGUUGUUUCUCUUGCACAAAGUUGCCCAAGAAAAUCCAACAUCUCUGGCUUUCCCUCUGUACCAAAACCAAGAAUGAUUUCUGUUUUUGACAUGACAGAUAUGGUCAGUCUUUCAUGCUUGUGCUCAAAAGUGUCGCAAAUACCAGGAUUUCCAUCAUCUCAUUACUCAAAAGAGUGGACAACGAGCAAGGAGCCACUGUUUGGACCAAGAAGGAAGGAAAAGCAGGUGUCACUGACUGACAGAUGUGAAAGAGGAAUGAAAGCAAUGGUUUCCCUUGUACCAUCUUGUCCAAAAGAGGCACGGAUUCCAGGAUUCCCCUCUCAUCCAAAUCCCCUAAGUGUGUAUUCCGCAUCAGAUAUCAUCAGCAUCUCUACAAUGUGCUCCCAAGUUUCCAAAAUACCAGGAUUCCCAUCAGUUGUUGGCGAUAUGAGUAUAGAGUGGGUAACAGAAAAAGGGUCACUGUUGAAAAGGCUACCAAAGAAGGCAGUCAUAUUUGACACAUCAAAUGACAACAAACAGAAAAUGAAGAAUAUGGUUUUCUGUGUUCCAUCCUGCCCUAAAGUGUCGAGUUUUCCUGGUUUCCCAUCUAUCCCAAAUCCCAAAACUGUGUAUUAUGGCCUAAGUGUAGUCAACCUCCUUCCUUUAUGCCCCCUAGCUUCUUCCAUACCUGGAUUUUCAUCAGUUGAAGGGCACAAGGAAAAAGGAUGGGUUGCUGAACUGGGUUCAUUGAUGCACAGACCACAAAAGAAAAUUCCAUUUAGGAUUAACAGCUCACCAAUGAACACAGACAAACCAAACAACAUGAUUUCUUUGGUUCCUUGUUGCCCAAGAACAUCAAAGAUUCCAGGCUUCCCAUCGUACCCUCGAUACAAUAUGCUAAGUCUUGUACCUGUUUGUCCCAAAGUAUCCAGUUUCCCAGGAUGUGCGUCCUCUGAAGGGGCCUCAAAAUACCAAUGGCUCUUUGAUCCACACACUUUGCAAGACAAGUUUCCAAAGAAGACGUUUUUUGUGAUACACAGCCCAAAUCAAGAUGGAGAUAUGGCAAAGACAAUGUUGGCCUUAGCAUCAUCUUGCCCAGAAGCAUCCAAGAUUCCUGGGUUCCCCUCUGCACCUCAAACCAUAACUAAGAUUGAACCCAAUAUGAUAAAUUUUCUACCUUGCUGCCCCAGUGAUUCAAGUCUCAAAGGAUUUGCAUCCAUUACUACAGUUCCAAGCACAGAUUGGAUAAGUGAAACAAAACCAAUUUUGAUGCAGCUUCAGAAGAAGGGGGCAGACAUGAUUAUGGGACUUGCUGGACAGGAGCAGUUAUAUCACUACAACAUAACAAACAUGGUGACAUUAGUGACAUCCUGCCCAAAAGAGGCCAGAAUAUGUGGUUUUCCUUCUGCUCAAGUUGUUAACAGGCCACCAAACAUGGUAAGCUUAUACACAGCUGCUCCAUGUGUUUCUCGUGUCCCAGGUUUCCCAUCAGCAAAGAUGCAUAGCUCUGAACACAUAAAAAUACAAACUAGGACAACACACAGCAAGUCCUUGUUUGAUAAGCGGCAGAAUGAGAAGAUUUUUCUUACUGCAAAGUUUCCAACAGAACAUAAACUUAAACAAGAUGAAAUGAAGCACAUGGUAGCAAUGGCUCCAUCAUGUACACAUUUAGCUCAAAUUCCUGGUUUCCCCAGCAUUUUGCAAUUGAAUCCAACAGAGAAAGAAACAAUGGAUAUCACAUUGCCACCUCCUACUGAAAAGCCUGCAUCAUCAGAAUUGCUUCAUGCACAGUCAGUGCAGUCAUAUCUCAAAGGCACAAGAAUUCCUGGUGUUCCCUCUACAUCUGUCAGCAAUCCCAGCACAGAACCUGCGCAUGUGGAGAAAUUCAAAGGUGACACAAAGCAAAACAAAGACCUUUCUGUAAAUAUUGGUGAAUCACAAAUAGAGAGAAUAGCAGCAGAGGAGACCCAAACAGCGAAGAAACCGUCAGACACUUCAGAGCCGGUGGGAGUCUUGGGUUGGGAAGUAGUGGAGGCAGAGGGAACAAUAACAGAAAAACAGGCAGAAUCCUCUUUGUCAGCAAAGGACGAAGAGACCACAGGAUUAGUAAAGGCUAUUGUGGGUGUUUUCCAUAAAGGUUAUGAAACAGUAGUAUCCAUGUUGGGGCCAUCAAGCAAUACUUUAACUGAAGUGGAUGACCAGCACAAGGCCAUCUCUUCUGUGGACCUGAAGGACAAGACAGGGACUCCUUCAGAUGAAACUUUUCUACGUUUUGCAGACAACACUACUCCCAUACAGAAAAAAGAUGGCCUGUUUGAAGACACUGACACUGAACAUAACAUUGAAUAUCCAACAAGUGCUGAGCCUUACAUGUGGAACUUGGUAGGUGAUCGAUCAACGUCUCCAUCGCCAACUACCAACAGCGAUGAUGGGUUUUUAGUGUGUGCAAGCAUGAAGAAAUGGCCGCCACUGACAGAGGCAGAUAUCACUGAAAUAUCAAAAGAAGAUGGUGAACAAGUAGAGGAACAACAGGCCCCUCUGGAUCAAUGGCUUACAAAGGAGGGAUCAUGCACAGGGCAUGUUCAAACGUCAGUUUACAAUGAAAGUUUGUUAGCAAGGUGCGAGAGUGAGGCAGAGCAGGAUGAGGUUAGAACAGUGUCAUCAUCUUCACAGCUGGAUAAAGGCCCCCAACCAACAAGCAUGGAGGACAUUUCUGCUACUUCCCUGCAGCCUGCAUCAAAUGAGUCACUUACAGAUGCAAACGAAUAUAGAGGGGUACUCUUAACCAAACCCUCUGAUGAUCAAAACACAAGUCCAGUUGGACCACAAGCUGAGAUUGUUGUCUCUCAGCGAGGCAGAAAGCCAAAGAGAAAAGUUCCAGAGCCUCUACAGAAAGGGUUUAAUCAAGAAAAAUACACUGUUCCAAUACGACCACUCAGAAGGAAGGAUAGUUUAACACCAGAUCGCAAACCUUGCAGUAUGAACAAAGAAGAUAGUAGCAUUCCUCGAGGUGUACCUCAGAAUGGUCCUGACCAAGAAUGUACUGGAACUCAAGUAACAUCAUACACAGUUGACUGUAAACACAAAGGUGAAGCAGAAUCUGUGCAAAUAUCCAUGAACGUCACUCCUCCUCCUCGAGUGAGAAGAAGAGAUGGUAGUCUGCCACCUGAAACGCCACACAAAACCACCCCUGUCAAACCUCUGAGGAGAAAGGACAGUGUCACUAGAGAAAAACCUGUUCAAAUACCUCAUGACCAACAAGAUGUGAAAGCCCAAGUUAGUUCUGCUAACUUAAUAUUUGAUGCUCGUCCUCCUCAACUUUCUGAGAGAAGCUCUGAUGUCUCAGGUGCUCUUGAACCUUUACAGGACAUUGAUAAAUCCACUGGAGCAACAACUGAAAUGAUCCCUUCACAACCUGUAGGAAAAAAAGACCUAACAACCGAACAACACUCUCAAGAAACAGAUUUUGCGGGGAGUGCAUCUCCAGGGACAGAAACAGAAUUGGUCUGCUCAAAGGACACAGAACAAACCUAUUGUGACCUUGAAGGCCCUAAAAAAGACAGUAAUAUAUCUGUCCAGGUCUCUUCUCACAUAACUCCUCCUUUGGAAACAAAUGGAACUGAUAGAAUCACCCCAGAGACAGAGAUAUUUCAUGUUGACCAAACUGCUCCUCUCUCAAUCAUCAAGAGGAUAUGUCUUCCACAGCGUGGCAAGAAAUUGCCUUCAAGCCAGUCUCAUAAAAUUAUUAAUGAGAAGGGAAUGAUGGCCCAAAAUUUAAAAGCUACAACCAAGGAAAUUGUAAAACCAGUCCAGACUGACAAAACUGCAAUGAGUGAUACAGAAGGGGUAAAGCAACCAAAGAUGAUCGGAAAUCAGAAAUCAGAAAAUGCACCAGAAAUAUCAGAGGCAGAGAGGGACAAACAAACGUCUCAUCCUAUACCACAGCCACGUGUGAGGAAAUGUCUCGGUGGCUCCUUCCCAGAUGAUUUUAUAUCUAAAGAGAGAACACCUCAUGCUACCCAUGGAGAAGAGGCACGUGCAGAAAGGGAAGCUGGUCCUUCAUCCAUUUCCUCAAUAGCUAAUGCUGCUGCAGCUAAAGAAUUGUCAGUGCAACAGAGGAAAGACCUUCCCCCUCUUCCUCUGGUUGAUCAACCUUCUACAUCUACCGAAGGUGUAAGAUUGAGAAGAAGCAGAUUGCCCAUGGAGUGCAGCGUUCAGGUAGAGGUUAGUGAUACUUCACAGGUGACUCCAGGACCCGCAUGCUUGCCUGUACCAAAACCAAGAGUAAAGAAACGCCUCAGUGAUUCCUUUCCAGAUGACAUUACAAUUACUGGUUUACCACCUACCUGCCAGUCAGACACAGUAGCUGAUUCAACUGGUCAUAGAACAGUCCAGCAGAAUGAAAAGUCAAGCUUGCCUCUCCCACUACCUCGGGCCAAGAAACGUCUCAGCAUGACUCCUACAGAUAGCUCACCACCUGUAGACAACUUACUCCCUGUAGAAAUGGAAUCGUCUCAGAGAAACCAGGAGGAUACAUCUGUCACUAGCAAGUCAUUAUCACUGGAUUUAAGUAUGAUCUCUGGAGCCGAUUUUGUCACAAUCCAAGGUGACGAAGUUGCGUCAGAGGUGGAACAGGAAGUGCUUGCAGCAAUGCAAGAAGAACAGUUUCCUCAGCCAGAUUCUGUAGAAGAUGCAGAGAAGCCACUAGAUAAAAUCAUUGAAGGCUGGACCUUUACAGAUAAACCUGUAAUUUCAGAUGACUCAGUGAAGGUUACAGAGGCAGUGUCUGAGCAGGAUGACAUUGAAAAAGUCCUGGAAGCAGAGGUUGAUAAGUCCCUUGUUUCCACUGUUGCAUCGUCUCAGGAUGACUGGCUGCACAUAGGGGAUGAUAAGGACAAUGAGCCAACGGAAAUAACCUCAAGGAAAGAAAUGAGAGAUGAAGAGUUGGACUUUGGCUUUGUGUCUGUAGAUGUAGCUGCUGGUUAUUUAGAUGAAAGGCAAACGGGGAGAGCAGAAGGAACUUCAGGUCAGCCUGUACCUGUGUCUUGUGGCAAGGUCACUGGCCCCCAACAAACCAGUGAACCAACAACACCUCAAAAAAGACCUGCAGAUGGGGCUGCCUCUCCAGAAACUCAAUUGGCCAGUCCCUCCUUAGUGACGUCCAGCAAGUCUCUUCUGGAAUGGUGUCAAGAAGUCACACAGGGUUACAAGGGAGUGAAGAUCACCAACUUCAGCACCUCUUGGAGGAACGGCCUGGCCUUUUGUGCCAUAUUACAUCACUUCCACCCAGAAAAGAUAAAUUAUGAAAUGCUGGACCCGUAUGACAUCAAACACAACAACAAAAAGGCUUUUGAUGGCUUGGCCGACCUUGGCAUUUCCAGGCUGAUGGAACCUUCAGACAUGGUCAUGCUAGCAGUGCCUGACCGCCUCAUUAUCAUGACCUACCUCAACCAGAUCCGCACCCAUUUCACAGGUCAGCAACUCAGUGUGCUUCACAUAGAGAAGGACAGCAGCGAGUCCAGCUACGCGGUAGCAGGAGACCGGGACACCCAAGAGGACCCUGAGGCAACUGUUCGGUACUGCGCCCAAAGGCUCCAGGAGGAGGGUAUAAGUCUUGAGACUAAUGGGACUACGGGCACUGCAGAGAAGGACAGUAAAGCCAGUAGGGAUAUGGUUCCACCUCCCAGAACUAAAAAGUUGCAGGUUGCUGGGGCAUCUGGGGCUCAGUCUCCAGUGGCACCACCAAGGACCAAUAUCCUGUCCAAGUCAGGUUUCUCUCAUGUCAGAGAUGCUGAUCUGGUCAAGAAACGAAGGUCUCAGCGGAGGAGUGGGUCAGUAGAUGAAGGAGACAUUUCAGUUGUAGUUGCUGGACAAGAAGGCCGGAGGAAGUCAGAAACCGAGAGAACAGAGGCUAUGGUUGAGGAGGGAAGACCUGAAGGCCAGGAUGGCAGCCAUUAUGUUCUGAGUCAGAUGGAAGCCCUGGAAGCGGAACAAAAUCAUAUUGAUAACAGAGCAGGUGUGGUGGAGAGGAAACUCAGACAACUACUGGAAACAGGUAGUGACAAGGUGGAGGAGGAGAGGCUGAUUCAGGAGUGGUUUACGCUGGUUAACAAGAAGAAUGCUUUGAUCAGGAGGCAGGACCAUCUGCAGCUACUGCUGGAAGAACAAGACUUGGAAAGAAGAUUUGAGUUGUUAAACAAAGAGCUGCGAGACAUGAUGGCACUUGAAGAGUGGCAGAAAACGCAGGCCCAUAAACACAGAGAGCAGCUGCUGCUACAGGAGCUGGUGUCCCUGGUCAACCAGAGAGAUGAACUGGUCCACAACAUUGACGCCAAAGAGAGAGGAGGUCUGGAGGAGGACGAGCGUCUGGAACGAGGUCUGGAGCAGCGGAGGAGGAAGUAUGCUAAACAGCAGAAAGAGAAGUGUGUGAUGCAGUGAAGCAUCCAUGGAAUGCUGGGUCACUUCUCCUAAAAAAAAAAAAAAAAAGUGGAUCAGUUUGGAACCGAGAAUGGGGCAGUUGCGUUUGGUCGUUUUAACCCUGCUGUCAGACUGGGGGACGAUCAGGCCAAGGCCGUCAACAUAGCUGAUCCAAGGAGCAUAUUUCUACGAGAGAAUACGCUGAACCAGUAUAAGGUGGUGUUGCAUUUCCAGUAGAGAGUGAGGCUCUGAGAAAUGUCAGCUGUGUUCAGGCUCCAGUUCAACCUGAGUGUUAUCUUUUUGUUUGCCUCCCAUUUUGAGUGUCUUAAAAUGUGACGCAAGGCUGCAAAUUCAACACAUCAUCUAUUUACCAAACCCUACUGGAUGUUCAACACCAAGAAAUUUUUACCCACUCAGCAGAAGAGGCAUCAGUGCCUCAGAGAGCUGCUUGUGCCUUUUGGACUGUUUGCUUUGCAGUUUCUGUUGCUGUGAGAGUGUGUGUGUGUGUGUGUGUCUUUUUUUUUUACUGUAACUGUUGUUACAGAUUGUGGAAGGUGAAUGUAAAAUGUGUUUGGUACAGAUAUGAGCUGCCAAAAGCAAGGAGAGAUUAGGUCUGACUGACGUGAAGACUGGGUGCAACACUUUAAAUUUGUUUAAAUGUGAACCUGCUGUUGAAAACCAAAAUCUAGUCCAAAUACUGGUGAAGGUUAUGGAGUGGUUGCGGCCGUAGUUAAAACCCGGGGUCGUCAAAUAAAUAUUGAUCUAACCUCAACCUUAGAGACUCAGACUUUCUGAACAUUUGUCACCAUGGUUGCCUUCGAGUAGAAAAACAAGGAUUUUUGAUCAUGUCACCCAGCCUUCGUAACGUUGUUGUUAGUUAAAAGAUGGAAAGUAGAACAUUUUACAUAUAGGAUGACCACUUCCUCAGUGCCAGUGGGAUCCAAGGGCAAGGAAAAGCAGGAUCCAGAUCAGUCCUACCUACUGGAUUAAUUGAAAGUUUUACUGUUUUUAUUCAAGACGUAUCAACUAGAGAAGCAGCCGUACGGAUUAUGUCUAUUGUACUAGUAUGUGUUUUAACCAAAACUAAAGAAACUUAUAAUUUAUUUUCCUGUACAAGUGAUGGAAAUAUUUCGGGAAAAUAACAAUGCUAACGUCGUUUUUCUGAAUUGAAAGGUGAAGAUGUGAAUGUUCCUGGACGAUAAAAGCCAAAUCCUUAAUAUUAACAUUUGCUACAAGCGAACUGGCGCUUCCACAUCUCUUCCCGAAAUAUUAUCAGAAACCUCCUGCUUGUCUUUUGCGCAGAAAAGUUGCGUUUUUGUUGUUUUUACUUCAGUACAAGCAUAUUGUGCGACCUCUCUGGGCCUGAGAGGUUUUUAUUUUGUGUGGAAAGGUUUGCAGUUCUCAUGUUGCCAUGCUGCUGGAUGUAGUAGCGCCGACCACCACUUGCGUGAAGUAGUUACAGCUUGUUGAUUGCUGUUGGAGAGUUUUUAUUGUGGUUUUAUGUGACAUUUGCACUAUUUGUAAAGUUUGACAAAUACAAAAGAUUUGAACGCC